CUGUUGUCUGACGUUUACACAUCCUGAGCCCCCAGUCUCUGGGCCAUGUCUCCGCCUCUUUAACAGAAACCUACUCCCGAACAGCUGAAAUAGAGUUUAUUUACGGUCUGACUGCAGAGAAUAGGUUAAAAAAAUAUAAUAUAUCGCGUUUAACAAAAUGCCUGCAGUCUCUAAAGGAGAUGGAAUGCGUGGCCUCGCUGUGUUUAUAUCCGACAUAAGGAACUGUGAGUAGAUGAUGUUGACCUGUUGAUUAGCCACUAGUAGCUGCUAGCUUAGCUAGCUACAUUUCAUUUGAGAGGAAUGCAAGGCUAGCUAUAAAACAAGCUACGUAAAGGCACACGCGCUCCAUGUUUAAACAGCUAGCUACUUAAUUAACAAAAAACGUAACUUGUUGCCUUCCAACUAGCUAACCUGCCAACGUCAGUUAACGGUAGUUAACAAACUGACGUUAGCCAUGAUAGCUAGCCAACGUUAGCUAGAUUGAAGCAAAAAUAGCCCGCUAAGGACGGUAGCUAAUUAUGUUUUCCUAAGCAAAUUUCCAAACUGAAAUAAAGGUAAAUAGCUAGCUACACAGACAGCCAAUUCAAGCUUUUACUAGUUAUACUUAGCUAACUAGCUGGUUUAAUGUCAUGCUAAACUAGCUAGCUAGUUUGGCAAACUAGCUAAUGGGCGUGGGUCACACAGCGCAGAGUCAGGAAAUAAAACAUGGCAUGGUAACUUUAAUCAUUUUGGCUGGCUGGUGUUACACCGUUUUAUUUGGUGAUGGCUAUAAUCUGCUAGCAAACUAGUUUGCUAGCUACCUAUACACAUGUUGACUAACUAGCUGGCUAAUUAGCUAACUUUUUCUCUAGCAACUAUCAUCAUGCUCUGUCUAUGAAUGAGUAUGUAUUCCUCCGACAACAACACUAGUAGCUGGAUUGCAUACACUACCAUCAAGAAACCCAGCUGCAGUGCAGGGUUUUGUGGUGGUUGGACUGGGAACAUUCACCUAGACUAGAGCCAUGGAAGUCUAAAUGUGCUCCGUGAGCAAAUUAGUCUAUUUAGAGCACUAGUUUCCUUGCCUUAAUUCAUAGAGACAGUGAAGAUGACCAACUUUUCAUAACUUCAAUGUAGGUGUGAAUGAGGCAGGCUACAGAUCCAUGCAGACAAACUGAUCCUAAACUGUAGGUCUGGAUCUGUUCCUCCCGACCCAGGUAUGCUCUCCUGACCUAAAUCCAUGCUGUAAUUUAGGCAUCCUACUACUAAGACCGUUGCUCCUGAAGGGCAUCCAAUUUAUUUCCUGACCUCACCUCCCCAGUUCAUGGUGCAUAGGCACAUCAAUACACAUACUUUGCAGAAAAUAAAAGAAACAAUCAAUAAUUUAGCCCAGUCUAUGAGUACUGUGGUACAGUCAAACUAUUUUUUCCGUUCUGCAAGUGCUGUAGUUCAGUCUUGCAACUGCAGAGUUUAUGGACUAUACAGAUGACAUUGAACAUAUAACACGUUUUAUUUUCCAUUUCAGGUAAAAGUAAAGAAGCAGAGAUCAAGAGAAUUAACAAAGAGUUGGCCAACAUCCGCUCAAAAUUUAAAGGUAAGCCAAGCAAAGGCCUUUAAAUCUGGGUGUGAACACACUUUGGUGUCUGAAGGUUCAACAUAAAGUUUGUGGGAACUGACACUAGUCAUUUACCGGAGAUCACCAUGCAGAUAUGUAGCUACGCUGAAUGUCAGAAGUGUUUUCUCUACCACCUGUUCCAUCUUGUCUAAAAUAAGUCAGCUGUUCCAAAGUGAAAAUGGAUAGUGGCUCCUAUAACAUCAGGUGACUUGUGUUUUGGUGGGUAGAAAACAUGUAGGGCCUAUCUGCAAAGUUGCUUUUGAGGGGCUUAUGGGCCAGCUCAUUUGUAUCAUGAAACAACACAUUUGUAUGGAAAGGCUUGCCUUCCAAACUGAUGGAGUACUUAGGCUACCACUGAGGCAGGCUAUUUGGUUAAAGAAUGAUUCCCCCUAAAAAGCAACUUCUUAUUUUGAAAAGGUAUUCUAGUGUCAAAAUGUACUACUGUGUAAAUAGGAUACUUUUGGUCAUAAAGUCAGUCUUGUCCAAAACUGAGAUUUGCGAGAUGAUAGGAAAAGGUCAGUACCUCCAAAUUUCAAUGACAUAAAAACCUCAAACCAACUAUAAAUUGUAGAAAUUCAUAAAAUAUUGUCCCAUUUACAUUGUAUAAUUUAUUGACGGUCCCUAACUAUCCCCAGAGGUGGGCUAUAUUCAAGUUCAGUGAGGCAAGGAGAAGCUAAAGGGCAUAGCCGGACAGGGAGAGUUGUUGAGUCAACUGUUCUGUCAGGAAGCUGAGGGGGGCACAGUAUGUCAGCAGGCUGGAAUCCUUUCCCCUGUUUUCCCGAGGAACUUCCUGUGGAGCUCUACAGAAAAUCUCUCUUUCUCUCUCUUUUUCUCUUCCUCCUCUCUCUUGCUCCUUUAUUCUCUUUUUCUCUCUCUCUCUCUCUCACUCUCACCAUACACACAUUCAUUAAAGGUUUUAUGAUUGUGAUGUAAACAUCUUCAUGUUUAUCUUACUUUGAACCAAAUAAUACUUAGUUUACGCAGAAAGUUCAGAAAAGAGAGAAAGAGAAAAUUAUAGCCUUAUCUUAGAGAAACUCCUUAUGCAGUGUCCAACUAAUCCUUAAUGUAGAGCCCCUCCUAAUCUCUCUCACGGGACAACGUCGCCACACACAGUAGGAGGUGGGGUUCCAGACUGGUGGGGGCUACAGUAAACCCCCAUUCCCACUUUCAGAAUGCUGUUGCAGCUCUUCAUGCUAUAAUGUGCGUUGGUCUGCAUUUGGUAGCGCACUUCCAGGUUUCCUGUAAGCGGCAUUGGACAUUCUUUAUUUAUUCGUGCAACGUUCUGAAUCUGUCAUUAUUUUCAUUGCACAGCUGCACUCAUUUGGCCUCCCUCCAUUUGUCCUCUUUCACCAUGGUGAAAAAAGUGCUGCACUCAGCUUUUGUCUUGUGGUGCUGACUCACCCUCUCCUCCACUACAGUUGGUUGUGGGAUUGAUUUACCUAGCAACAUGGAAUGUCGUACUCAUAUCUAUUCCUAAGUAGGUUUCUCGUUUUUGUUCCCAGAAUAGGAGUGCUUAGCAUGUUGCUCUUUUAGGCCUCCGUGCUUCAGAUUAGGAUUCAUUUUAAAAGAGAGUAACACUAAAGCUCCGUGCUCUCAAACACGUGAUCAGUCAUGGUGACUUGGCUUGCCUUAAAAGUAUUUCCUUCCAGUUUGACUUUUUUCCUAUUUUUUUUUGCUUUUAAAUCUUCAUAGUCAUGACAGCAACCUUUCUAUUUUGCUGCAGGGGAUAAAGCACUAGAUGGAUACAGUAAGAAGAAAUAUGUGUGCAAGCUGCUUUUCAUAUUCCUUCUUGGCCAUGACAUCGACUUUGGCCACAUGGAGGCAGUCAACCUGCUCAGUUCCAACAAGUACACAGAGAAACAAAUUGUGAGUAAAGAAGGUCUUUGAAUUUGAUUGCAUGACUGUAAGUGAGUGGAUUAAGUUAUGUAUCUGAUUGGACAAAAACACGUUGUUUAUACCACAAUCUAUUCUCAAGGUUUAUGUUAAACUAUUAUGAUUACUUCCCUUUAAUUCCUUUCAGGUUUGAUAAACCCUUUGUUUCUAUCCAACUCCACAGGGUUACCUGUUCAUCUCAGUGUUGGUCAACUCAAACAGUGACCUCAUCAGCCUUAUCAACAAUGCCAUAAAGAAUGACCUGUCCAGCAGGAAUCCCACUUUCAUGAACCUGGCCUUGCACUGCAUUGCCAAUGUGGGCAGCAGGGAGAUGGCUGAGGCUUUUGCAGCUGAGGUGCCCCGCAUCCUGGUGGCUGGGUAAGAAAGGGUAGUGGUGUGGAGCAGACUUAGCCUAAUGACCGAGGUACCCUCUCUGUCAGUUUAACAUUGAGGCUGUAACUUUCAGUCAGUCAGGCCUCUUUGUAAAAAACAUUAAGCUAUGUGCCAGUUAAGUGAUGCUGAUGUGCUGUCAUAAUUUGCAAGGGUUUGUCUUGCAGGGACACCAUGGACAGUGUGAAGCAGAGUGCUGCCCUGUGCCUACUGCGUCUCAACAGGACCUCUCCAGACCUAGUGCCCAUGGGGGAGUGGACCGCCCGGGUGGUUCAUCUACUCAAUGACCAGCACUUGGUACGGCCUGCCAUGGGUUCAGGGGUUAUUAUGAGAGGACUGUGGACCUUUGGUGUUAGUGAGGAAGAUUUGGAAUGGGUGGUGUGUGGAUGAGAGGAUUCUUUCACCAUGACUUUCUCUGUCUUCAUUGUUAGGGCUAUGUUUGAGACAAAUUAAUAUUUUGUGUGCGUAAUGAGGGAAAAACAUUGCAAUAUUCUGGGAUUUGUUUGUGUAUAGUGUAAUGCUAAUGAUUAGCUGUUUGUGUGUAAUGGCAGUUGUAUUACUUCCCUUUUCCGCAGGGUGUGGUGACCGCUGCCACCAGCCUGAUCACCACACUGGCACAGAAGAGCCCAGAGGACUUCAAGACCUCUGUCUCCUUGGCUGUAGCCAGACUCAGCAGGGUGGGCAUAUGGCAGUGUGCAGGGCUUUUCUUUCAUUUCUUUCAUCAAUAUAUCACGUUUUAUUUCAGGUUUUGUCCAAUGUCUACUUUUGACCAUUGAAUAUCAUUAUAAACCUUAGAUAUUAGUCAGUUGUUUGCUUGAGGCGUAAUGUGUUAGUCAUGUCUCAUGUCCUCCUGUUCUCUAGAUCGUCUCCUCGGCCUCCACUGACCUGCAGGACUACACCUACUAUUUUGUUGCAGCUCCCUGGCUUUCUGUCAAGCUCCUGCGUCUCCUACAGUGCUAUCCACCGCCUGGUAAGAAGCUGUGUGAGCAUGAGGACCUGCGUGUGGUGUUUGACUGUAUGAACAUAAUAUUACUCAGAAAAGGACUGUAGUGUUGACGGGAUGAACAUAGUUGUCCUUUCAUCUGUGGCACCCUUCCUCACCCUUGCCUGUCCCCACAGAGGAUGGUGCGAUCCGGGGCCGUCUGACGGAGUGUCUGGAAACCAUCCUGAACAAGGCCCAGGAGCCUCCCAAGUCAAAGAAGGUGCAGCACUCCAACGCUAAGAAUGCUGUGCUGUUUGAGGCCAUCAGUCUAAUCAUCCACCAUGACAGGUCAGUCCCUCUCGCAGUUGCAGCAGCUACGGAGGACCAAUGUAUUCAAGAAAGGCAGUUUGUAUGUGUUGAGUUGGACUGUCCUUGUGACAAUGGCACCAAUGUCUGUCUUUCUCCCCACAGCGAGCCCACUCUGUUGGUGCGGGCCUGUAACCAGCUGGGCCAGUUCCUCCUGCACCGGGAGACUAACCUGCGCUACCUAGCCCUGGAGAGCAUGUGCACCCUAGCCAGCUCUGAGUUCUCCCAUGAGGCCGUUAAGACACAUAUCGAGACGGUCAUAAAUGCCCUCAAAGUACGCUAACACACCUGUACCUGCAUUCAGAAGCUACAUCUGCCAAUCCUAGUAUUGCAGUGUCUUCUUCAGUAUAUACUGUAUGUAUGGCUGUGUCUGUUUUGUUCCUGUUAGUGUGACUCUGCCUUAGUCCUGAUGUUUGUGUUUGACCUGGUUGAAUCCUGCAGACAGAGAGAGAUGUCAGUGUGCGUCAGCGUGCUGUGGACCUGCUCUAUGCCAUGUGUGACCGCAGCAACUCCAAACAAAUUGUAGCAGAGAUGCUCAGCUACCUGGAGACUGCAGACUACUCCAUCAGAGAGGAGAUAGUGAGUUCUAGGCCAGCAUCUAACCAUUUCUCUAAUAUUUCUCUAAUUUCACCAACCAAAAGUUCGUUAUGAUAGCUUCAUGUUUUAAAUGCCACUGAUGUCAUUUAGAAUAAUACAUUCCUCAGAACUAAAUAAAAACAUGAAUGGCAUUGUUGUUAAUCGUUCUUUGAUCUGAUAAGACAACCUCUCACCACAGGUGCUAAAGGUGGCAAUCCUGGCAGAGAAGUAUGCAGUUGACUACACCUGGUAUGUUGACACCAUCCUCAACCUGAUCCGCUUCGCUGGGGACUAUGUCAGUGACGAGGUCUGGUACCGCGUCAUCCAGAUCGUCAUCAACAGAGAUGAAGUGCAAGGUUAUGCUGCCAAGACAGUGUUCGAGGUGCUUAUUUUAUUUUUAACUGAGCCAUGGGGGGAAAAUCUACCGAACUCAUAGUAACCUAAUGUUUGUCUGUCUGGAUUUACUAAUGGUGCUUCUGUUCUAGUGUAGGUUUGUUUCCUCAAUCAUAUUAGUUUCAAGCAGCUCACUUCCGAUGCUCAUCACAGGCUCUGCCUGCUUGGAUGUGACCUGUGAGGUCAGGGGGAUGGAGAGUGUCAUUCACUAUUCACCACUAACCCUGUCUUUGUCUUCUCAGGGAGGAAACUGAGCCCGCUUUGGUUCAGCAAUAUGAGAUGACUUGAUUCUCUCUUCAGUCUCUCUGCUUGUGUCUGUCUCUGUCUCUCACUGGUAGGUCACUGUAAGAUCCUAAAACAGACCGAUGCAGACUGCUGCUCCAUCCCUCCAUCCCAGUUUUGUGGAUGUGUAGUCUCGAGCCCUCCCUCCUCUUCAGUUUCAUUGCCCAUUUCCUCCACCACUGCAUACUCUGACAUCAGAUACAUUGAUGUCUACUGCAGAUAUACAUCCUUUCCGAACCAGUGAAACACCUUCCCAUUUUUCCUUUAGUCAAUUCCACCAUAGUUUCAGCUUUGUUUUGUUUUAUAGUCACCUUUGUCCCCAUGUUCAGACUUGCUACCCCACAUGUUGGUCUGCCCAGAUUGAAUCUCAACUUCAUGACAUACCCAUCAUGGGAAUGCCCUCAUGUGCAUGUUAAGAUCUGGUGACUGAUAUGCUCUCAGCCCCGUAUCCCUCCACUCUGGUUGGAGUUUGUGUGGGAUUCGCUUGAUACCGUUUGUUGUGUUGCUCCCAAGUCCCCACCCACUCCAAUCUAUUAUCCUAUUUCAUACAUAACUCUGACUCUCUUUCCUUUCCACAGGCACUCCAGGCCCCGGCCUGCCAUGAGAACCUGGUGAAGGUCGGAGGGUACAUUCUAGGGGAGUUUGGGAACUUGAUAGCAGGAGAUUCAAGGUCAAGGUUAGUAACCAAUCAAUGCCAUAUAUUUCAGUGAUCCACUGUUAUUCUGAGUUGGAGAAAUGUACAGUCAAUAAUAUAUUUUGGAGCUGAGAACAGGCAUCACUCACUGUGUGUCAUCCGUUGACUGUGUCCUUCUUGCUCUGACUCCUUAGUCCACUCAUCCAGUUUGACCUGCUCCACUCCAAGUUUCACCUGUGCUCGGUACCCACCCGGGCUUUGCUGCUCUCUGCCUACAUCAAGUUCAUCAACCUGUUCCCUGAGGUGAAGGGUACCAUCCAGGAGGUGUUGCGCUCAGACAGCCAGCUCCGCAACGCAGACGUUGAGCUACAGCAGCGUGCUGUGGAGUACCUGCGCCUCAGCUGCAUUGCCAGCACUGACAUACUGGUCGGUGACAUUCCACCCUGCCUUCGUGCCAUCAUAAGCCUGAUUGAUUGAUUGCAUUUAUUAGAAAGUUAAAAGUAGUAGAAUGCUCUAGCCGGAGACAACAUUACAUGCAUUAGAAAUGAUCUAGCAUAAAAAGACAAUAAAGCCUGAAUGCUUAUUUCCAUUGUGGUCCUCUAUGGCAGCGAGAUAGCAGUUGGGCAAGAUUUACACUUUACAUUUAAUGCAAUUAAAAACAAAACAUUUAUAUUACACACAUUUGGUUUUUAGUUGUUUCAGAAUACAACCCACAGAAAAUCUUUGUUGGUAGAUAGACUGAAAUUCAGAAAAGGAUACUCUGUAGAGCCUCCAGUUCCUCCACCACAGGUCACUCCCUUCAUUCCCCAUUCAUUCUGUGCUCCCGUCAAGGCCACGGUGCUGGAGGAGAUGCCUCCCUUCCCUGAGAGGGAGUCCUCUAUACUGGCCAAACUCAAGAGGAAGAAGGGACCAGGAAACCUGCAUCCCGAUUUGGAUGAGAACCGCAAAGAACGCAGUGUCAAUGGGGGUACUGCAGACCACAGCAGCACUACCACAAAUGCCAAGGUAUUACUGUUGUCCUGUGUUGUUUACUUAUUAGAGCCUCCUUUUCCUCCUCUCCUGCCUACAUUUCCUAUUUUUCUGUCCUGGUCUUUUCCAUAACUCUCCUCAGCUCUCUCGUUCUGUCCUGCCUUCACCGUUUCCUCCUCUCUUCAUUAGAGCUCUCCUCUCUCGCUUGUUGGGGAUCUUCUGGCCCCCGCCUCGACUGCACCCCCCACCAACCGGCCACGUCCGGUCUCCUCUUCCUCCCUACUGCAGGCCCCCCUCACCCCCGUGCCUCCUCAGGCCUCUGCUGUCCCCAUGCUGCUCCCUGCUGGGCCCCUCUUUCAGGUUCUGGUUGUUUUGGAUGCUCAUGCUGGGUUUUUCACUUGUCACUUCCCUAACCUUAAUACACUGUCCUAACAAGAUCAUGUAAUCUGAUCUGCUUACGGAAUAAAGACAAUUCCAGAUGCUAAGAUGACGCAUUGCUUUUGUGUGAGCUUGAUUACUUUGCAGUAUAUACAGUUUUUUUCUGUUUAUUGUUGAGUCCUAAGUAUAGUCCUAAUAAUUACAGAUCCCCCCCCAGAGGUUUGUUUUGUUUUGCAUGUUGUGUGUGUUGCACUGCUCUGUACUUUCAUCAGCGAUUUUUUUAACCGUAAGACCUAUUGGAGCGGUUUACUGGUUCAGAUCCUGACCUUCCGAAGUGAAGUAACUGUGACCAUUACCUCUCCUAAGGUGGCCGCAUCCCCCACUCCCUCCACAGACCUGCUUGGCCUGGGCAGCACCUCCACUAUCACCACUCAAAACUCUGCCCCUCUUGCCUCCAAGGGGGCAAGCCUGCUUGUGGAUGUCUUCUCUGAAAACCUAGCAGCCUUUCCUGUAGAGACACCAGUGGCAGUGGGGCCUGUUGCAGAUGAGAACUUCUCCAGGUAAGGAGUGUCAGUGGGUCAAAUAUCAGAGGGAGGGAGGGAGGGGCUUUUUAACUGCAUUGACCCCUCCUGAGCUUACUAAAACCUGGUGUGAAUGUGCUCCUCUCGCCCUUUACAUUCUCGCUGUGCAUCUCACUCUUGGCUUCAGUUUCCUGCCGAAUACUCCACAAGUAGCAUACGCCACUCUGCCCACUGCAGAGGAACCUGAAGACAAGUAAGAGACGUCAUCAGUGCAGUCUUUUCAAAACACUUGCAUGCCCACAGCAGAUUGCGCAGGUGAAAGGGACAUUAGUUACAUCCCUACUGUACACUGGGGGACUCUUGGCAUCCUGGUUGGAAUCCAAUCCUGGGAGACAAUACAGUACAUUAAGCCCAAGAUACCAGAUAUGAGAUGCUUACCACUUGCGCCAUUCCCUUACAGGUUUGUUUGCAAGAACAAUGGUGUCCUGUACGAGAACCAGCUCCUCCAGAUCGGCCUGAAGUCUGAAUUCAGACAGAAUCUGGGUGAGUAGGCCUCAGCAAAAAUACAUAUGCACCUAAGUGUGAUUAUGAUCAGGUUUUGACCCUUAGAUCUUUAGGUUUUAAUUCAUUCUCUUGUUUUCUAACAUAUAGGUCGGAUGUAUGUGUUCUUUGGUAACAAGACAUCAACCCAGUUCAUGAAUUUCGCUGCCUCUGUGGUCUGCCAAGAUACUCUGCAGGCUCAUAUCCUUUACUAGAAGCUGUUAUGUCAUUUUCAUCAAUAAUACCAGUAUGCUGUUUUAAUAAAUCACUCCCAGUGUAUAUUAUGAAUAGUCUAGGGGUGGCUGUUUAUUUCUCCCUAUUGGGCCUUUUUCUUAACUGUUCCCCUACAACUGAAUGUCCAUGCCAAGCCUGCAGACCCCACUGUGGACGGGGGUGCACAACUCCAGCAGAUACUCAACAUUGAGUGUGUGUCUGACUUUGUGGAUGCACCAGUGCUCAACAUCCAGUUUAGGUAAGAAUGUAUUUUCUUCCUUUUUAUAUGCUCAAUACAUUGCAUAUCGAAGUGUGUGUUUCAGGGUGCAACUAUUUGCCAGGUUGGUGAUAAAUGUUUGCAUGAACAUUGUUGGAAAUGCUACUGUAGGGGGCCUCCUGAGUGGCGCAGCUGUCUAAGGCAAUGCUUGAGGCGUCACUACAGACCCGGGUUCGAUCCCAGGCUGUGUCACAACCGGCCGUGAUCGGUCGUCAGUUGAACAGGGUUUCCUCCAACACAUUGGUGCAGCUGGCUUCCGGGUUAAGCGGGCGGGUGUUAAGAAGCGUGGUUUGGCGGGUAAUUUUUCGGAGGAUGCGUGACUCGACCUUUGCCUCUCCCGAGCCCGUUGGGGAGUUGCAAAGAUGAGACAAGUUCGCAAUUGGAUAUCACAAAAAACAAGGAAAUGCUACUGUAUUUGUUUCCCAGUUAUUGAACAUUGUUUCACUCCUGUUUCUACCCACAGGUACGGUGGAACACUCCAGAACAUUGCUGUUAAACUGCCUAUUACUUUGAACAAGUUCUUCCAGCCUACAGAGAUGACAUCGCAGGACUUCUUUCAGCGCUGGAAACAACUUGGAGCGUAAGGAAACAUAUCUCUGCUAUAUACUUGGUCAUAUAUCACAACAUCUUUCUCUCUCUUUUAAUAUGGACACUAUCAGUUUACUCCUCCUCGUAUUCCGAGGACACAAAAGGGUUCAUUCAUUCAGAUUGGCCUGCAUGUGCAAAUAUUGAUAUAAAUAGUGUGUACUAUCUCUCACUAUAUAUUUAAAUGUGAAGGAUUUGCCAACAGAAUAGGUACACAGUGUCUUGUGAAAGUAUUCCAUUAGAGCUUGAGAAACGUUGCCAAGAGGAAUAGAUCAAUGUUUUCCCAGGAGUGUGUGCAAAGUCUGUGGUGACUAAUAAACGAUUCACCGGUAUUCCAGAAAGUGCUUCUACCAAAUAUUGAUUCUUGUAUGCAAUCAAGGCAUCUCUGUAGUAGGUAGUACAGAUCAGUGAAAUACAUCUUAGUCUAAUGCAUUUUAAUAAAAUGCAACUAAAUGUGAAAAUUGUGCAAGGAUGUCAACACGUUCACAUGGAAAUACAUUUGUAGCUAUUUUCCAUCUUUCAGCAAUAAGGUAAAACCUAGUGUAGUUACACAUCCUUAACCGCUGAGGGCGAAGCUGCUAGUGGUAUAUGACUUGGACUUUCUCUACCCGCAGACCUCAGCAAGAGGUACAAAAGAUCUUCAAAGCAAAGCAUUCCAUGGACACAGAGGUUACCAAAGCCAAGGUGAGAUCCCUUUAUGAUUACAAUUGCUAUGGAGAUUUUCUCUUGACUUGUGUGGGUUGCCUAGUAGCAGCACAACAGUUGGAUUAGUUCAUUGUUUUUUGUAUGUUCAUCAGCCCUUUCUUUAUUCAAAAUAUACACCUGAUAAGUAGAUUUUGUUGAUAGAAAUGAAAGACGGAAGUGAGAAACUGCAUGAAGGUCACCUGACUUCACUAGCAAUGCUGUGUAACAUGGUGACCACACCUCCUGCGUGGCAUGGACUCUACAAGGUGUUGAGCCUUGCCAAAUAAAUGUGCACACGUUAUUCAAUGAUUUCAUCCAAACUGCUCGCACGCGUCAACGAGCGUCUGCGUAGCUAGGCACAAAAAUUGAACUUGGUUCAAUUUUUGACGUGCUGCAUGUCCCGCCUGUCCCAUCUCCUCAUUGGUUUUCAGGAGUGUAUAUACACACGUGGGUGAUUGAAAGCUGAACUGAGGUCCACGUUCUAGUCCAGUUGGUGGUAAUGCACCUUAAAGUUGGUUGCCAACUGCCAUAUAAAGUCCACAGAAGAAGAAGACUGAAGGAGGAGAGAUUACUAGAAACUAACUAGGUUUCUCCUUUUAUCCGUGGAUGAGUUGUCGGAGUAGAGAACACACGAUUUUGUGUGACUCAAAAUUCUACAAAGAUCCAGGGAAAAAAUUAUAUUGUGCUUUUAAAGGUAAAAUAACAACCUGAUGUUUGUAUCCCAGGACAAAUUAGCUAGCAACAGCAAGCUAGUUAGCUAAAUGUCCAUUCAUGUUUAAUGUGUUUCGACCUGUCCCCAAAUGAAUAUAGUUGGUUCAGAGUUGGUUUUGAUAUUUCAACCUGCAUGUCCUGAUCGCGUCUGGUGUGAAUUGACAAAAUCAACAUGCGCACGAUGGUGCACAGUCUUGUCAGCAUGUUGGGAUGUGUUGUCGAUAGUCUUAACCUUGAUCUGGUGUCUGUUUUUGUUUUCCAGAUAAUCGGGUUUGGUGCUGCUUUGCUGGAUGGGGUAGAUCCGAACCCCUCUAACUUUGUGGGCGCUGGUGUCAUCCAUACGAAGACCACCCAGGUUGGCUGCCUCUUGAGACUGGAGCCUAAUACUCAAGCACAGGUAUGUAGACCUCACCUCCCUCCAGUGAGAAUUACUCUCCACCCCAGGACCAUGUCACCAACUCUUUCCUCUUUCUUAAAUGGUGGUUGAAAGGAGUUUUCAAUAUCCAGACAAUGCAUUUGACCCACCUAUUUAACCCCUCUCUCCUUCAUUUUUUCAGAUGUACCGCUUAACACUAAGGACAAGCAGAGAUACUGUGUCACAGCGCCUAUGUGAUCUGCUCUCAGAACAAUUCUGAACUGCUUCCAGAUCAGGUCUUCUUACCUGGUAUACCACAGAGCUGUACAAGCUCCCCCUGCCACUUGUGAAGACACCACAUAGUUCAUAACAAACAAGUCACACUUAUCCUUCCCGUCUGUCUCAUUUAAAUUGGAAUUGAUACAGUGUACAGUGUAAAUUCUUUUUUUAUAUUUUACUUAUUAUAAAUGUAUAUCAAAUUACUUUUUCACUCACUUUACUAAUAUUUCACUGCGUUAAAUCUGCCUUAUAUGUCCAUGUGCGCACAGAAUAUUUACGGCUCUGCUUUUGUUGUGGAAAGAGCUUAGUCCUCUCCCUGUACUUUAAAGACAUAUUAACUGGAAGAAUUGGAGUUCAGGGGGGACUGGCAAGAAAAUGCCUUAAUUGUCUGACCCUCUUCCCCAACUGAGCAAUGAUUGUGUCCAUAGAUGUGCCUAUUUUGUGUUUCAGAUCCAGGGUUACUGUUACACAAGCAUACAUGAAAAGACGUUGUCUUAUUUAGUUCUAAGGACUGCAGCAGUUUUCUCUGCUCUUGUCUUACCUUAAAACAAGCCCCAUGAACACCUUAUGACCCUAUUGCAAACCCUAGCCAUUGUGUAGGUUUUUUAGUGUAUGGGUGGGAAUUUAAACCGCAGCGGUCAUUAUGUAGAUAUUUCCGGCUGGUCUUAACAGUCAGGUAAAGGGACUGCUAUGAGAAAUCAUCUUCUUGCUAGUAAUAUGUGUGUGUGCAUAUGUUGAAAACCAACCACUAAGGAAUGAAGUGCCGGCAUUAUAUUCAAAUAUGCAUACAAUUGUGUGUCCAACCGAAUUUGUUCUCUGUCCCAAAUCAGGGGGUUAUUGGUGUCUAAUGAAAUCAGUUUUUAAAAAGACAGGCCAUAUAUAGAGCACUGAAGAACUAUAAGCGUACAGAACGACCAAUUUACAACAGGGUUUCUUGACGCCUGUGGCCAUUACAGUCGUAUGGCUGUUGGCUAACUGUAGUUUAACUUGUAGGUCAAUAUUGAAUCACUGCCUGUCCUCCCCGUGCCUUUACAUUAUAUGGGUAAAAAAAAUAUGUAUCAACAGUCAAGCCUUCUCUGCUCCCAAUCAUAUUACGGGUGUUGCCAAUUAAAGUUGAUUGAGUCACUUUUACUCUUUUGUCCUAGGUAUGUCCUAUUGUUUAAGUGCUAAUGCCAGAGAAGCCGGUGUUUGGAGGAUAUAUUGGCACAGGUGGUGUUAGGCCCGAGGCGAAGUCUAGGGC